CCUCUUCCCCUGCGAAUCUAUCCUACACGCGCGGAUAAAACGCCCGCACGCGCAUCGCCACCACCAGAGAGCCGAGCCUGAGACCACCAGCCGGUCGCCAACUUUUGCCUUUCGCCCCCAUCAUCACCACCCCCGUCGCCCCUCCCUCCGCCGCCGCUAGCCUUUUCGCUUCCAAGCUUCCAUUCCGUCCAUCAUCAGAUGGGCCAUCUUCUCCUGCUCCUCCUGGCCCUCCUCCUCGCUUCCACCCGCGCCGCCGCCUUCCACGCCAGCGCCGCCGCCUUCGCCGAGGACAAGGGCAUCGCCGGGAUCAGGGGCGUGAUUGGGUCGAGGCCGCCGAGCUGCGCGGGGCGGUGCAGGUCCUGCGGGCACUGCGAGGCCGUGCAGGUGCCCAUUUCUCCGCAGGAGCUGGGGAAGAGGAAGAAGAGGAGGAAGGAGCUUGGGCGCCAUGGCAGCCGGGCUGCUGAAGCCGGUGGUGGUGGUAGGAGAGCAAUGCCGUCCUCCUACGACGACCACUCCAACUACAAGCCGUUGAGCUGGAGGUGCAAGUGCGGGCGCUUGAUACUGACCCCAUGAACUGCAUGAUAUAGUAUAUAUAGUGAUCUUUUGGGGUUUUCUUGGUGGGUCUUGUUUGACUUUCUUGUGCCACUGGGGGUGGUCGUCGGUCCUUUUGUCUGUCUGGUUGGUUCAUGUUGACCGUGGAUGAUGAAAUCUUGAGGAACUCGGCGUCAUUGGUUCU